GAGGUCGAGGAGGAGCGCGCGGCCGAGCGCCGCGGCGGGCGCGGCCGGCAGGAGUCGCGAGCGCGUGGGCGACGCGCGCACGCCAGGAGCGCUGCGAGGGCUGGCGGCUCGAGACGGAGGACGCCGCGCCCGGGGCCGCCACGCGCCGCGCGCUGCUCGAGGAGAGCUGCGCCGUCACCGAGGAGAGCCGCGUCGAGCGCGUCGAGGUGCGCCGGGUCUUCAAGGUGGACUCGGGCGUGCUGGCCGAGGAGCGGCGCGAGGCCGUGCGGCGCACGUCCAGCGAGGAGUCGCAGCGCUCGCUGUCGCAGGACGAGUCCAUCGCCAAGUCCCCCGAGGAGACCACCACGUCGUCGGCGUCGUCGACCGGCGUUGGCGCCGGCGCGGGCGCGGGCGGCGGCACGCUGCCCCGGGCCGCCUCCACCAGCGCCGUGCCGCAGCUGCCGGCCGUCGUCAUGCGCCGGCACGGCCCCGGAC